UGACGAUGGCUUGCCCACCAGCGGGCGCGCUGUGCCUGCAACGUCGUCGACUUCCUGAGCUGCAUCUUCCUGGAUCCACGAGUCGUGUGUGCUUCUGCCAUCCAUUGACAACUUCUUGCUGUGCAUUGCAGCUGCUCCAAUCCUACUCUAUCCCGCCCCAGAGACAUUUCUUUAUCGGGCAGGACCCCCCCAUCUUUAGCACCCGCUUCAGUCUGCCCCACCACCACAACCACAACCGCGCAGAAGUUUUGCUCCACGGUCUGCCAUCACUCAAUCCUUCGCUAUUAGAGAACCUGCUCUGUCCUCGUGCUUGCUCAAAGCUCAGCUUAUCGUUAGUGCUCAUUCGCCAUGGCUGAGCAAGAGAAUCAACAGCCGCAAGCAGGCCCCGUUGGUCCUGAGCAGAAUACGGCUUCUAGCCUUGAUCCCAAGAAAGCCGAUGCUUCCUCAGCAGUGCGCUUUGCAUCUAUCAACCAAGAAAUCGAACCGGCACACAUUGACGCCAUCUCGUCGCCGCAAGCUAUCUCCGGGAAGGACGAGGAGAAGUUAAAGGAAAUAUCCAAGUCACUUCAUGGCACACAUCUACAGGAACGCCGGAUGAGCCACUUCGCAUUUGAACCUGUUUCUCUUCCCGCUUCAAGGGUCCCUUCGCACGACGACAGUUCACACGAACCUAGCCGGCAUAAUACGCAUACCUCCUCCGGCCGGCCGUCACCUCACCAAAGUCCUCGACCAUCUUCGAUGCACUCACCGCCCAUUACACCGGCGGCAACAAGAUCGCGGGACGCAAUCGACGGCACCGUCAAAGGUGCCACUUUCCAAAAAGUCAAAACGGACGAGGACCCUGCAGCAGUCACACCACAAAUCUCGCUACCCAAUACGUCACCAUCAACUACAAAUAUAGACGAUUCCCGGCCAGGGUCAUCAGGCCAAACGGCACCGACGAGUCGUUCUACAGAGUCCACUGGAGCAGCACCAAAACACCACGGUGCUUUCUCGAUCGGUCCUGGUACACACGACUCGUCAGUCCCCGCCUCCCGAGAUACUAGCCCCAGCAGAUCAUCAACAUAUACCAGACCCUUCACACCAGCAGGAGACGCGAACGACCCAUACGCUGCUCAUAAACGUCCUCCGCAGUCUAAGAAUCUUGACGCAAUCGAUGCGAGGUUCAAGUUCACUGCUCUCGGCUCAAAGCACCGGCCAACGGGCUCCUCAAAUUCAUCCGCCAGCCUCCCAAGAUCGUCUCGCAGUGCAGUUGACGUGAAUGCUCCUGAAAAGAGGCACUCGAACAUAUUUGGGGGAGGUCACAAGGAACACUUGUCACAUUUGCACGACGAAAGUUCCUCCACCAUUCAGAGUAAGCAUGGAUCGAUGUCAGAACUCAAGCGCUUCUUGAAGAUUGGUGGGCACCACAAAGCGAAACGCGCAGCAUCUCCAACUCCCUCCGCAAGAUCUGGAACCAAGACCCCUCCUCAUCACAAGACGCCUCAGCAGCUGCCGUUUGGGGACGAUCAUGGAAUCCAGUCAAAGUAUGGCAAAUUUGGGAAGGUUCUUGGAGCCGGAGCGGGCGGUUCAGUGCGUUUGAUGAAGAGAAGUAGUGACGGAACGACAUUUGCAGUCAAGGAGUUCAGAGCUAGGCAUUCAUACGAGACAGAGAAGGAGUACGCCAAAAAAGUCACUGCCGAGUUCUGUGUUGGAUCUACUUUGCACCAUGGCAAUAUUAUCGAGACUCUCGAUAUUAUCAAUGAGAAAGGAAAGUGGUACGAAGUCAUGGAAUACGCUCCAUUCGAUUUGUUCGCCAUCGUCAUGACCGGGAAGAUGUCAAGGGAGGAGAUCAGUUGUUCGUUUCUACAGAUUCUAAGCGGUGUCACGUAUUUGCACAGUAUGGGACUAGCGCAUCGAGAUCUGAAGCUUGACAAUGUUGUCGUGAAUGAUCAGGGAAUCAUGAAGAUCAUCGACUUCGGCAGUGCUACCGUUUACAAAUACCCUUUUGAAAACGGUAUCACACUCGCAAGUGGCAUUGUUGGAUCUGAUCCAUACCUCGCCCCUGAAGUCUACGAUGAGAGGAAGUAUGAUCCUCAGCCCCCCGAUAUCUGGUCCCUGGCGAUCAUAUUUUGCUGCAUGUCUCUCCGCCGAUUUCCCUGGAAAAUGCCACGAAUGACGGAUAAUUCCUAUAAGCUUUUUGCAUCACCUCCAACUCCUGGAACAGAUAUCAGAAGGAUAUCUGACUCCCCAUCGAAGUCCACCAACGAUUUAGAUACCCCCGCGCGAGAUGCCGUCCCUGACUCGCAGACCAAUCCCACCACGGCAAAAACUGAAUACGCAGCUACAAAUGAAGCAAAUGGAACAGCCCCCGAAGCUGAGAAGAAACCAGAGAUCAUUAAAGGCCCAUGGCGUCUUCUCCGUCUUCUGCCGAGAGAAAGCAGGCACAUCAUUGGUCGUAUGCUUGAGAUUAACCCCAAAAACCGGGCCAAGAUGUCAGAAGUAUUAGAUGAUCCCUGGGUCUCUGGGACACUAAUCUGCCGCCAGGAGCUGGCAGGUGCCAUUAUCAGAGCCGACGGGCAUGCUCACACUCUGGAGCCACCAGCACCACCUGCUCCAGCCGGAAAGUGAGAGAAAUGUAGCGUUACAAGCAAGUUUGAAAUGGAAAGGGGAAGGGUGAAGGGUGCAUUGGAUGGAUCGGUGUUACGGGUCAUGGAUUACGGUUGUUUUGAGUUACGUAUGAGUUGGAUUAUAUAUUUUUGUCAGCACUUGAAUGGUGCCGUUCAUAGAAGCUUAUCAAGCAGAGAAGCUGCUGUAGAUUGGAGGGGCAUGGAAAGGAAGGGUAGAAUUUGAAGUCUGGCGUCUCCGUGAGAGAUCGAAGAGAAGGACUAUGUAGAGUCCUUAUGACCAGCACCCUGUUCUAAUGCUAUUAAUCUUUUCAUUCUCAAUUCCUUUGAUGACUCGUCGAUCAAUUUCAAUAGCUGUAAAC